AUGGUCAGAUCGAGACUCGACGAGAAUGUAUGGUAUGAUAACGAGGAGCUCCGGGCGUCUGCUGAAGACCUCCCCAACCUUUUCUACCAUCCCCCGAUCCAAAACGAGGACGAGCUUGCGAUCUGGAUGUCAAUUGCUGAGCUGCAAGCUAAGAACGAGCGACGAUUCCGGGCGCUCAAUAGGAAGCUCGUUGUCGCUGUCAAGCGUAACGAUUUGGACGCGGCGAAACAGGCGAUAGAUCAAGGGGCCUCGGUGCAUAUCCCGAACAGCAAAGGAAUCCCACUGGUCAUGCUCGCUGCAGGUUCUGGGCACCUGAUCGAUGUGGAGGACUCCUACAUAGAGCUUGAUAGAGGUCAAGGGUCGCCGGCUAUGAUCGACUUUCUUGUAAACAUGGGCGCUUCGGUCCAUGCUCGCAGGAAGUGGGACGAGCAGAAUGCACUGAUGGUCGCCUGCCUUCGGGGAGACCUCGACUGUAUCCUGGCACUGUUGCGGAAUGGUGCAGAUCUUGCCGACGUGGAGUACAGGAACAUGACUGAAUUCUUCUCUGCGAUGGUGAACCUCAGCGAUUAUGACGCGGAUGCGAGGAUGAUGGCAGGAGAGGCGAGCGACAGAAACUACACGGAGCAGGAGCAGCGAUUUAUAUCGGAGCUGAAGAUGAUUCAGGCAGUGAUAGAUUUCUUGUACGAGCAGGCUGGCGAGAAGGUCUCCAGAGUCCUGAGGAUGAAGCUCCUCAAAGAGGCGGCACAGCUUGCCUCCAAAGAUGAACAGAACAUGGUCGCGUUGGUUCUGCAGUAUGAGCUGCAGGAACUGGAAGCAGAGGAUAAACGGCAGAUGCUGAUCACGUACAACGGAAGCAUGGGAAAACUGGAGGACAAGAAGGUCAUGUCGGACACAAGGAAGCGAGUGGAAGAGAAGCACCUUGAAGGCAUGUACCGGGACCUGGGCACCAUCGAACGUCCAAGACGGUUGAGCACAGUGAUCGAUCCUUUCGUAUCGCCGGUGGUCCAGGUUGAGGAGAUGGAGGAGGAGGAGCAAGGGCAGAACAAGAAGCUGAGAGGAGCUACGAUGGAGAUGAUUCAGUCCGCCGUGCCCUCGACCGAACACUCUAGCAGUAAGCUCUCGAAGCUGAAGCGGGAACUUGAAAAGGCAGAGAGACUGGGCGACACCUUUAAGAAGGAGCUGCUCCUGAAGAAGAUAAGAAGAUUGGAGGGCCAACAAAGCACAAAAGGCUCAAACAGCUAA